UAAUAUGGCGGACUUGUAAUGCUAGGAGUGAUAAUUUGUUGCGCAAGUUGAUUUAAAUGUGACGUUUUGUCAAUGCAUGUUUGGUCUUCACAUGAAGUUAUAUAUGUGUAAUAUUACAUAUUACAUAAUGCUGUUAGAAUACUAAUCAGGUAUAGCAAAAUGUCACUUCCGGAGGAAAGGAAAUCACGCCAAGAACAUACCAGAGAAGUUAAAUGGCCCUGUACGGAAGUGUAGGUUAAUGCUAAAAGAUGUGGAGCGUGUGUCCAAAGCCAAUCGGUUUGUCACUCGCUACUCGAAUGAACUAUAAAAUGGACUAAUAAGGAUGACGGAGGCAGUAUGACCUCUGAAACGUUGGCUAACAUCAACCAGACUAUACAGCACAACAACCCAGAAGACAGGAAUCUUAAGGAUGAGUUGCCUUGGGCAAUUGUCCCAUUCCUUGAAGUGGAAAUGCGUGAAGGACAUAUUUAUUUGAACAGCGCGGUGUCUUGGAAGGGGGAUUUUAGCAGUAAUUGUUAAGUCAUAAGUAUCGAGUAAGAGCUAUGUAUUCGUUCGUGAGUAUUAAGAACAAUUGUUUGUAUAUUUGCAGAGUGUAGGUGUGGAGCAUUUCUGUAAUAGGGAUAACACAUGAAUGAUAGUAUGUGUUUGCAGGACAAACAGUAACGUAACUACCACGUGUCUGAAAAGAAGCUGGAGGAGCGGAGAAUUUGAUUUCACCUUAUAUCAGUUUAGUUGCGAAGAAGAAAGUUAGAAAGGUGGUUGCUCAUGUGAAUCUGCCUUUUUAUAAUGUAGACAUUCAGUUCAGAAGAGAAAGCGCAGCAGAACGCACUUGAAUAUGGAGUUUAAUUUUUUGAAGAUAGUACUGUCCCUCUUAACAAUAUCUAUAGUUGUGAUGGGUUGUUUAAUUAAUAAUGUAGAGAAGCAUCUGCCGGUCUUUUUUGUACAAACUUUUAGGUUUGGAAAAUUUGCUUACCGAGGUUCACCAUCACAGCUGAUUGUUGAAGUUCCUAAAAGUUGGUUUCGGCACUUCUACGUAUUUGCUUCUGUAUUUACUACUUUAUUCUUAGUACUGAUGUGUGGGAUAUAUUUCCUUUCCUGGGAACUGCCACACUGGUUGGUAAUAUUAUUAGAUUUACUUGCAUCAAGUAACCGAAGGGCUCAUGUUAGUCCUGUGUCCAGUCUUCUUGCCUUGUCACUUCUAACUGUGCAGGCGUGGCAUAGAUUUUAUGAGACAUGGUUUGUGUGUGUUUAUUCAGACACCAAAAUGAACGUGAUUCACUAUAUUGUGGGUUUUGUUCAUUACAUUGGAUCUGUAAUGGCUAUUGUGGCAGAAUCACCAGGAUUCAUUGAUAACAAAGGCCUUCCUACCAUAUUUCAAUUAAAGGAAAUUACACUGGGUAACAUCUAUGGUACUCUUCUUUUUCUGUGGGCUUUGUACCAUCAGAAUAGAGCUGCUGUGUUGCUCGCUAAUUUGCGGAAGGACAGAAAGGGUUCGAUAGUGACACUUGAGCAUCGAGUUCCACAUGGGGACUGGUUUGAAUUGGUUUCAUCACCCCACAACUUGGCAGAGAUACUGAUGUACCUUGCCCUGACAUUUAUACUCUUGGGUUCAAAUACAUGGCCUUUUGUGUUCUUGUGGGUACUAAGUAACCAGGUUGAAACAGCUCUGUUAACCCAUUGGUGGUAUAAAUCCAAAUUUAAGGAUUACCCAGCAACAAGAAAAGCUGUCAUACCCUAUGUUUUGUAAAGUACAGUAAUUCAAUAAUAUCUGAAUUAAGUUUGUUAUUGUUUGUCAUAUAUAAAUGUUUUAUAUCAAAUAGGCAGGUAUUUAUUUAUUGGCAUAAGCAUUAAAGAUUAAUUAAUUCAGAGAGAUA